AUGGAAAGCAUUCGGAUUUCGCUUAAGUUUGAAGCUUGUUUAACUGUCGAAGUCGAAGGUAGAAGUGGCGGUCUUGCGGAGGAUUGGCGGUUAUCGUGCUAUUACGGCUUUCCUGACCGUAGUAGACGUAAGCUUGCGUGGGAUAUGUUGAGGGAUGUGAGGAACAUGUCGAAUAUGCCCUGGUGUAUCAUCGGAGACUUCAAUGAUCUCUUGUCUCAAGAAGAUAAACGCGGUAUUCAUCCGCACCCGAACUGGCUUUGUUCGGUUUUUCGACAAGCGAUUAGUGACUGUGAUUUGGUGGAUAGCCCUCUGAUAUGUUGUCAAUUUACAUGGGUCAAGAGUAGAGGUUCUGAGCAUAUGAUUGAAGAAAUACUUGACAGAGCGUUCGCGACUCCAGAGUGGUUGAACUUAUUUCCUACUGUAUCUCUUACAAACCUUAUUGCCUCUUAUUCGGAUCACAGUCCCAUUCUGCUUUCCUGUAAAAUAGUGCAGACCUUAUGUCGGGAUAUUAAGUUUCGGUUCGAAAAUAGUUGA